UCCUGAACGGGUGCAAGGAGGUCUAUUGCGGGUUUCGUUCUUCCCCUCUGUUCCAUUUGCAAUAAGGUCUCGGGGCGUUUCGCGAGUGAUUGGAAUGGAUCGGAAUGAGACGGGGAUAAUCUGGGCGAGAAUCAAGGAAGUUGGACUUCUCUUUUACUUAGUGGAUCCGCGCGAAACGAUCUUCGAGAAGCCAGAGGAAGUUCCAGACUAUAUCUCUCAGGCGGUUCCGUAUAUCGUUCUGGGUGUCAUCUUGGAACAAGUACUUCGAUGGAAGCAGGGAAAACCGCUCGUUCGACCCGACGAAGGCAUGAUCUCCCUGGCCUUCACAUUCCUCAUGGAAAUCACACUGGAAAUAUAUCGAGGAAUGGGAUAUGGGAUGUAUUUCUACGUGUAUGAGCACUGGAGGCUGUUUGAUUUCGAAUGGGAUUCACCCUGGACCUGGAUCAUGACUGCUCUCGUGGUUGACUUCCGUUACUACGUUCUUCAUCGCGCAUUACAUGAGGUGAGCCUGUUUUGGGCAAUUCAUCAGUUGCAUCACAUCUCCGAAGGAUACAACCUCACAAUGGCUGCUCAGAAUAGUUUCCUUCUGCCCUAUCUUGAUUCCUGCGGCCGCCGACGCCGGCCGCGGAGUCGAACCUACCGAGCACGCCCGGAGCUGCUGUCGAGAACGAGUCAAAAGGACGGCAUCGCCGUCAAAGAGUUGUAUCCUUGUCGUGACGUCAUCGAUGUUGGACACCCUCCAAGCCGAGGAGGAGCUAUGUGGCAAAUGUAUUAA